AUGUCAAUGUUUGUGUCCGUGUGUGCUCUGUGAUGGACUGGUGUCCUGUUCAGUGUGUACCCUGCAUUGUGCCUGUUAUUUGUUAGGAUAGGUUUUGGCUCGCCUGAGAUCCUGAAUUGGAAGAAGCAUUUAGAAAAUGAAUGGAUAUGGUACAGGUCCUAUUUUGUAGAUAUCUAACUCUAAUCCUGUGAUUCUCAUUGCUAGACCUGGCAAACCACAGAGGCUUCUGGUUUUCCUUCAGAUCUAUUUCUCCAUGACAUAAUUUAAACAUUACUGACAUAACUGAGUGAGGACUGCUCCUGUAAUGUGAUAAAAAAAUAUCCAAAAAUAAUGGCCUUGUUAACAUUUAUCUCUGUGGCUUUAAGUGUUGUGUCUUGUGAAGUCUGGUUCCUGAUCAUGUUCAAAAUAUUUCUAAUUGCUUACAUUUUUUCAGGUGAAAAAAUGUUUGACGGAAAGUAUGAAUAUCAUUAAAGAUGUGCUCUUUCCACUACCUCAAAAGAUUUUAAUAACCAAUAUGAUUUUUUAUUUUACUUUUUCUUGCAGUCAAGGUUUAGUUUUCCUCCCAGACAGUGAGAUAAAAAAAUAUCUGCAAACAAAAAUCUUUGAACAAACCCAUUAACUUGCCACAAGAGGGAGCCAGAGGUCUUUAGCAGCAUAUGAGGUACAAAACAAAAUUGUAGGUGACAUCUGCAAAGUGCUGACAUUUCCACUGCACCGUGGUCAAGGUUCAAAAAGUAUUUCUGCAACUCUGUUGGUACAGGACACAAACCUAUCAGGUCACUUUGAAAGGACAUCAUCAUGCAUAUAAUGUAAUGUUAUGCUGUGUUGUUAUUUUACACAUUUACUCAAAUAAUUGAUUUACAUGUGCAAAACCUAAUUUAAGGUGGCAGUUAUUCCCAGUUUAUAUUAUUUGAUUAUCCUUCCAUCUAACACUUCAUCCAAUUCAGGGUUGCAGGAGAACUUGGGCCUCAGCAAGCAAUGGGAGGAAAAUGGAGAGCCCGGAGGAACCCCAUGUGAACACAGGAAAAACAUACAAAAUACGCGCAGAUAGCACCCAGGUCCAAAAUUGCCCCAGCCAUGCUGACUAGUGUACCACCAUGCCAUUACUAUUUUUUUAAACAUAAAAAAUUGCUGAACACUGUCCUGCUCCUCUCAAUAUUUAUCAUACCUGUAUUUUCAGUAUUUGUUUUUGAUUCUUUUGUUUUAUCUAGAACAUUUUGAGCAUUUAAGGUGUUAUCUGUUUACUGUUUACUGUUCAUACUCAUUGACUUCAGGAGGCAAACACACUAUUAAAACAAUGUUUUUUGCCUUAUUAUUUUGAUUGAGCUCAGGCGAACAGACAACACAAACAGCGAAUUACAAAAAACAUUUAAAUACUAAAACAUGUUGUGGUCCUACAGACUUUAUGUUUCAACAAAUGGAACAUUAAUUUAUUUUGCCCUGCUUAUGCAAGUAAAUAAAUUUCAUGUUUCCCAUAAGAAAAUGAACAAUUGACAGUAAAUAUCACCAUAAGAUUGCAUAAACUCCUCAUCCACACUAUAGUAAAAUGUGAUCCAACCACAAACAUAAGAGCAAGGGAAAGUUCUUGUCAGCAAAUGCAGCCCUGGAAAACCAUUUGUAAAGAUGUACAAGGACAGUUUAACCCCACCCCUUUUAAACAGUGGCUAUUAUAAGCUAUGAACAUUAAAAAAAAAACAAUAGUGAUUACACCUAACAGAUCCAGCCUCAGCCAGUCAGAACUCAUCUUAUACUUUACCUUAGAGUUCUCUCCACUCCCCUCCUUGGUGCCCUCAGAACUAGAGUGUAUGCCAUUUCUUGCUCGGAGAAGGGAAGGUGCCUUCUAUUCUUUGUGAAAAACUAUGAGGAAAAGGCUGGCACAGAUAUUUGGCUUUCUUGUGUCGACCACAGGCUGGAUCUUUGUAGCUUGUACUAUGGCCAUGGAUCACUGGAAAGUGGCUGAGAUUGGGGGCAAGGGUGGCAGCAACAUCAUCUCUAUAGCUUGGUACUGGUCUAACCUCUGGAAGGACUGCUUCAUUGAUUCAACCGCGGUGGUUAACUGCAGAGACUUCGCAGUGUUGUGGGGAGUGGAGAAAUAUAUCCAAGGUGUCCGGGGUCUCGUGAUGAUCGGUCUUUCCCUGGGAUUUUUUGGAGCCAUCCUGGCUUUCCUGGGGAUGGAGUGUACUUUCAUUGGGGGAAAUGACAAAACCAAGGAUAAAGUGUUAUUCAUAGCAACAGUAUUUCAUUUUGUUGGUGGUUUGUCAAACUGUGCUGGAUAUUGCUUGUACAUAAACCAAAUUGCUACAGAUACCUUCAACCCAACUGUCACUGGACUACAAUUUAUUCCAGGAACCCCCAUAUUCCUUGGAUUAGUUGGUGCUUUUUUGAUAAUGGGAGGAGCCAUUCUUUAUGCUGUCUCUAUCCUGAAAGAUAUCUUCCCCAAAAGUUCAACCUACGUUUAUAGUGCAAUGUCUUAUGUCCACCCCAAAUCCAGAAACACGACCAUACAUGGAAAAUAUUCCAAUGGAUCAAGAAGAUCUAGAGAGUCAGAGGGUUCCAAGAUUUCUACAAUUUCCAAAGGAUCCGUCUCCAGGACAAACAUAGGAGUGACCUCAGACAGAGAUGCCUUUGUGUAACUUGGUGUCAGAACAUAUUUAAUUGGACUGAAUGACUUUUCAGCAUCUUUGGGGUUGAAUGCCACAUAAAUAUGGUUAUUUGUAUUCUAUGUUUUUAGUUGGUUUUGUAGGUGUUAGUUUUAUGAAUGUAUUAAAGAAUAUAUUUGUUAACAUAUAUAUAUAUACUAUAGAUUUUUUAAUAUAUAUUUUUUUCUUCUACUUUUUAAAGAAGCCAGUGUAUCAUCUUUGAUAGUUGGCUGAGUAGCUCAUAACCCAUUAUGUAGGAAGUCCUCUGCAGUGCUCAGUUUUAAAUGCACUUCUCUGAUUUGCAUUUCACUUUUGAUUAAGUUCAUUUGGUUGACUUUCUCAAUAUUCUCAGGUUUCUCUUAAAAGACAUUAGAGAUUAUAACAAUUGAGUUUUCUUAGCCUAUCAGAAAAUUAUUUUCCUUUAAGCCCAGUAAUGUAUAUGCUCACUCCUCUGUCUACUAAUUUCAGAGCAGCAAUUUCUAUUUUGUAACUUGGUGACCAACGUUGUACAUAUUAUUCUAAGUGAAACAUUGUUCAAGUUUAACAAAAAACCUAUUGAAUUCUGCUUGUCGUUUUAUCUAUUUACCACAUUCUCUACACAAAAAAUAAACAUCUAAUUCUUGUUCA